GAAGACAGCCGCAGCCUCUGUCCGUAGUCCUGAAAAUACACGAAUUAGGUUCUGACUCCUGUGAUAGGAGCACACGAAGAGUCCGAAACCCUGCGACAUACAACAAUAACAGUAACAAGGAUUAACAACACGUUACAACACGGCACGCGUCACGACGAGCACGGAGUGGAUGACUGCAGGACUUCAGCAGCUGUGUGACGUGACGAGGAGGGAAAGCAGGAAUUCCCCCGCCGCACACACUGAACUGCAAGGAUUUCUGAUCUCCUUCACCGCUCACAGAAAGUCCUGUUCUGGCUAGCCAUGACUAGAUACCAUAAUCCCUCAAGUGCUUUAAUACGGCUGCUUCUUCUGACAGCAGCAUCCUUUCUCCAUCUGUCCACCUCCAAUCCUCUCAGCACCCUUGACAAGCCAUACCAACAUAUGUCAGGGCUGACUCUGUCUGGAUAUAGGAAUAUAGGUGGUGAAGAAAGCCAGCCAAUGCAGAGACAAGAGGAAGCAGAGCAUGAAGAAGAGCUUUUUAAAAAUGUUGAUCCCAAAAAACUAGCAGCAGUUUUACUAGAGGCACUGAAUAAUUCAAAAGCAGAGCAAAUGAGCGAAGGAGAGGGGCGUGAUGGAAUGGAAGAAGAGAUGACGGCAGAGAAAGAGGAAUAUAAAAACAAAGAUUCGUACAGAAAAUUGAGAACGAUUGAGGGAGCAGACCGAGACAGAGACGGACGACAAGAGUUAGAGCUGCUAAUGGCGACACAGGGGAAGGAGCAGGAAACGGGGGAAGAGGAAGAGAGGAAGAAAGCACAAAAAGAAGAGGAGCUGACCGAGAGGGUGACCAGUCGUACUACAAGCCACACAGUCGAAAUAGCAAGAGAGAAGCCUCCCACUGGCUCAGAUGGAAGAGGCGAUAAUGGACAGAGUACUGGUUCCCAGCAGGGAUCAACCAGCCCUGAUCAAGCCAGUAGUGAGGAGGAGGAACAGCUCAGCCCUGAGGAGCUAAAAAGUCUUGAGAUGAUGAUGAAGGAAUUCCCUGCUUUGAAUGUGCCCAUUAAGAGGGAAGGAGACUCUGAGCAAAGUCACAGAGAAAGCAGAGACUACAGCUACAACGACAUCAUGCCCAUAAAUAAAGGCAGUGACCUUGCUAUCACUAAGAAAAAGCUUAAAUGGCAAGAAGAGACGCAGAAAGCUCUCAGCUUCCCAAAGUUCAGAGGAGAUAAUUUUAUGGAUGAAUUUGAUGACAGUAAUCAUAACUCAGCAGACCUCCAGGCUCCAAGAGAACAGACGAUGGAAGAUGAUGAUCCAGACGAGGAGGAGGAAGAAGAUGAGGAGGUGUUGAGUCCAGAGGAAGAGGAGGCUCAGGCCAAAGGUGAGCAGGAGGAGAUGAGGAGACAGGCAGCUGAGGCACAAAGAGCCAAGAUGGAGGAGGAGAUGCUAGCUGAUAUUGCCUCAGACAUGCUGCUGCGGUACAUGGUCAAACAGAAUAACGGGAACAAGCAGUACAGCUCUUCUCUCUCCAGCGCUGCAGAGGAUAAAAGGUCUGACGAAGAACAGGAAGUCACAGAGGAAGACGAUAUUGAUCCUCAGACCAUUGACAAGCUUAUAGAGAUCUCCAGCAAGCUCCACCUCCCUGCUGAUGAUGUGGUGGACAUCAUCAGUGACGUGGAGAAGAAGAAGAAGAAAGACUUGUCGCCUGACGUGAUAUCAGGUUGGCGACGACCUUUAUCCCCCAUAUCUUCACCAUUUUCAUCGGAAUCACAGAUUUCAAGCAAUCAAAAUGACAUUCCCACCUCUAACCAACCAUUUCCAGCAGCUCAUUUCCUCAAAACUUGGUUGCAGAAGAAAAAUCCAACAAGAUCAGAGGAUCUCUGGAACAAACCUGCAAAACCUCAGCUUGGCAAUCAAAAUAUCUGGGCCCAGCCUCCUGUGCCGAUCAAACAGGACCUCUGGCUCACGUCACCUAAAGCUGCUUGGACUAGAUAUCCUCACUAUCCCCUUUUCCCCCACACUUAUCCUUCCUACUACCAGAAGAAGCCCUACAAAGGCUACCCCAUCUAUGUUCCUCCUGCACCCAGACUUAAACCCUAUUACUUGAUCCUUAAGCCCGCUCUCACUCUCAACAACUUCCUCACUCAUUCAGUGGAUGAUGUUUAUGCUUUUUCUCCCAAAAGGCGAUACAACAGCUGGGUCCAACCUAAGCUGAGAAAACCCCCUACAGGCCAACAGCAGAAGUCUUACUACACCAGAUAUCCUCUCUCUUUGUACCCUUGGACAUUUCAGCCAGCGUCCAACCCCAAACUACAUCCACUUCCCAGAAUCCAUUCUCAGCAGAAGCAGCUGUAUUACUCGGCCCCAGCGCCUGCAGAUUAUUAUGUGGCUGGAAAGCAGCCAGACAGUAACUAUGAUGAUCUGGAGAAAUACAUACAGCAGAUAUCCAUGAAGAAGCCAUACAUGAUGGACUGAGUACAGACAUGAGAAGAAGGACGAGAAGAAGAAGAGCCACAAGCAGAAAAGAGUGUAUUUAUUUAUGUUAAAGUAUUUAGGUGGUUUUUCAUAUGUAAUAAGUUUCCUGUAAUCAUUUUGAUUGGUUAUGAUUGAGACAAGGACACCACAGAAGACUUUUCCCCAGAGGUGGUCUGGAUAAAACGGAUGAAAGAUGUACAACUGCACUCAUUUCCUUUGCUAUCCUUUAACUUUUCUUGACAACAUUCUCUAUAUGGACAUUUUAAAAUGCCAACAAAGGAGGAUGUUUAAAUAUGCUGUUACCUGUACCGAAGGCCUUUUUCAGAAUCAGUCAGAUGAAUUUGAAAACAUUUAUUCCCAUGUUGGCUCUACUGUCAGGAAUGAUAGUUUUGGCAUUAAAAUUUGAAAAUUAUCAAAUUAAAAUAGUUUCCUCAAAAUUAUGCCUGGCCAAAAGAUACCAAAAGUCCCCCCUCAGUGGAAGGAAAUAGCCCCCAAAGGUAGGGUGUCCAUACAUUCUUUCACUAUCACCUCUUAGAAAUCAAAAGCCACUCCCUAUAAUUAUCUUUUAAAUGACCACAUGUUUAUGUAAAUGUAUCAGUUUUUUAUUGUUCAUAUAAAAGGAUAAAUUUUUGAUGGAAAGCACGUUUCUGUGAAUGUAUACUCACACAUAUCCACCAAAGCUCUUUAUAAUAAAACAUAAUGCAUCAAAAAGCCAGACUACCACCAAUAUAAUAGCUUGGAUGACUCAUUCUUUUGCAUAACUUCAACAACCUUGUUGCUACGGUGAUAACAAAUUCAGCCAAACCCUGGCUAGAAAACAGUCCAGUGUUUUACACGUCCUGCUAUUGGAGGAGGAUGUAAUGGUGGAGCCAUACUGAUCUUUUCAUGGAGAUAUUUAAAAGCAAAAGAAUAAUUCUACAUUUUCAGUCACUCUCAACAGAUUCCUUAGAAGCAGCAGUUCUGCAUUUAAUACAUUACUUUUCUAAGCAAGAUGGCCUUUGUAGUUUUUUAGUAAAUGUUACAAGUUUCUAUUUUACAAGAAGUGUUGUUGGCACUAAGUGCUCUGAAAUCCCAGUUUCACACAUUUUUUUUAAACUUUUAUUUUAUUCGUUCUUUUUUUAAUUUGUCAUUUUUAAAUUCAGUUUUAAUUCGGCUUAUUUUUCCCAUUUUUCCCAUUAUCCAAAUGUUGAUUAUAGGAAAACUCUCCUGUAAUGGUGGUUCAGUGUUUAGUAACAUCCCUUCACCUCAUAUCAAGAAGGCUCUAGUUUCAAAUCUCCUAAUUAGUGAGAAUCCCACAAUGAAAAACAUACAUGAUACAUGUACUGGUUCUAAAUUUGCCAAAGUACGAAUGCAAGGCAGGUCAAAUGCAGAUCAAAUGUGUACGUGUAGGGAAUAAAGCAAUGCAAGAACAGAGUAAAAUGGUAAGGUUUGGUGUGAAGCACUUUGUGUGGUCAGUCAGACUAAAGUGCAUAAUGCAAAUGUUCUCACCAUCUUAACAGUUUGCUCAUGUUUAUGUUUGCUCCACAUUUCCAAACAUUUUUCAAUGACAAUGACACAAAAAGAAACUUUGUACAGCCUGAUUUUCGUUUUCACAUGGAUACUAAUAAUAAUUCAUCAAUAAAAACUUUCUUUUGCUACUUUUUCUAUUUUUCCAAUCGAAAAGAGGUUUUCCACUUUGGCUUGUUGGUGUUCAUCUUUGUCAUCAUCAAGGUAUCAGCACAGCAUCUUGGCAUUGAAAGUGUCAUAGAAAAAAGUAACCAUGAGCUACGAGUAACAAAAAGAAUGAACUGAACUUUUGUCAUUUUUAAUGAUUUGUUGCUUUUUUUAUGCUUUUCUUUUUGGCUUAUUAAUAAAGAAAGGGGCUGAGACACAGUAGAGGGUACAAUGUCUGCACGUUUAUGUAUACUUGCAUCUGAAAAACAACUUUUUUUAAAGACAUUUAUGCAUCAAUGAAAAAAGUAUAAAAAAAUCUUAAAGAUGAAUGAAACAAAAACGUCAGUGUACCUACUACUAACUGUUUGCGUCAUGUAUGCAAUGAGUGUUACCAACGCUCUUUCUAGAUGUAACUCAUUGUAACCGCUGUAAUAAAUAUGUGUUUGCUGGA